AAACACCUCCGUCUCCACCUUUGUCUCUCAACCCCAGCCCACUCUGAUCCUCCUCUGGUUUUUUCUUCUCUUUUCAACGUAAAAAUAUUCAAUCGACUGGAAGCUUCGCGAAAAUGGCGCCAAGAGCGAACACGGCCGCCAUGAAGCCUAUCUCCAACGGCAACGUUGCCCCCGCCGCCGCCGGUGCCGAUUGCAAGGAGGUUCAUUUUAGGGGUGUCAGAAAGCGACCUUGGGGACGUUACGCCGCCGAGAUCCGAGAUCCGGGUAAGAAGAGCCGAGUCUGGCUAGGCACUUUCGACACGGCUGAGGAAGCCGCUCGCGCUUACGACGCCGCCGCCAGGGAGUUUCGUGGCGCCAAGGCUAAGACCAACUUCCCUCUCCCUCCCGAAAACCUAACCAUGGCUUCCACUAAAAGAGCCAAAAACGAAAAUGGUAGUAUUAACAACAAUAACCAGAGUCCUAGCCAGAGUAGCACUGUUGAGUCUUCCAGCUGCUGCGAGCCGGAGCCGGCCCUCACGAUGGAUUCCUCGCCGUUGGAUCUAAAUCUCGGCCGAGGAUUUGGCUCCGCCGAUAAGUUCCCUUUCCAGCCGCCGGCUACCCCUGCCGUUGGGUUUUUCCCCGGAGGCGUCGUGUCGGCCAACCAGAUGAUGUAUUUGAAUGCGAUUAUGAGAGCCGGGGAGGCAAUGAAGGGUCAGCAGUAUCAACGGAUUAGAUUCAAUAAUCACCAUCAUGGUGGUGGGGUCCAGAGCGAUUCUGAUUCUUCAUCCGUCGUCGACGUUAAGCCGGCGCCGCCGCCGCCGACGACGCGUGGCCCCUUGUUUGAUUUCGAUCUCAAUCAACUUCCUCCUCCUGAAAUCGCCUGAACUCAAAUUUUUCACUUCUCCGGCCAUAAAAUGGACAUCAAGCAGAUCAUCCCAUUUUAUUUUUCCGUUUGAAAAUUUAUUUCUUUCCCCAAAAAGAAGAUAGCGAGAGAGUUUUCAUGUGAUCCGCUAGAUCACCGAUCCUUGUGAAUAGUUUAGGUUCAUCGAACUUUUUUUUGCAACAGCGAAACGAUGCGUUUCGUCUCUGUUGUUAAUUAUAGUUACUGUAACUCCUUUUUAUUUAGUGAAUUAACACAGAUGAUUCAUAUCUUCUCUUGAA